UCUUUUUUUAUCGUUUUCUCGCCGUUGAAACUCUGGUCCUUUUCUCAGCUCUGAUCUUGAGAGAUUAGACUUUUUGUAUUUGACCUGGCUCGAUCCAAUUGUAAUAUAUUUAUAUACAGGUAUAUAUAGAAAGAUUAGAAAACAGUGUUUUUGAGUUGACACUGAGAAGCUGCUGCUGCGAUUGCGAUGGGGCAGUGUUAUGGUAAGACGAUUCCCACCGGAGACAAUGAUGGUUAUGCGACUACCACCAUUACAGCCACCGCUGACGAUGGAGGAGGGGGCGAUCGGCCAUCGGAGACGCCGGCACGUAACGGUAAUCCAUCGGCGAAGAAUACUCCGGCGAGAUCGUCGGCCGGAAACAGCUCCUGGCCUAGUCCGUACCCGUACGGCGGAGUGGGAGCUGGAGGGACCAGUCCUCUGCCAGCGGGAGUAUCGCCAUCGCCAGCGAGGUCGACACCUAGGAGGUUUUUUAAGAAGCCUUUCCCUCCGCCGUCGCCGGCAAAGCACAUCAAGGCGUCGUUAGUGAGGAGGUUUGGGCAGGGGAAGACGCAGCUGGAGGGGACGAUUCCGGAGGAUGCUGCGGGAGUUACGGAGGAGCCGGAGAGGCACCAGGGUUUGGACAAGAACUUUGGGUAUAAUAAAAAUUUUGGGGCCAAGUAUGAGCUUGGGAAAGAGGUGGGACGAGGCCAUUUUGGUCACACUUGCUAUGCCAAGGGCCGAAAGGGAGAUCUCAAGGACCUGCCUCUUGCCGUCAAAAUCAUCUCCAAAUCUAAGAUGACAACUGCAAUAUCCAUUGAAGAUGUUCGCAGAGAAGUGAAAAUUUUGAAAGCACUUUCAGGCCAUAAGCAUCUGGUUAGAUUUUAUGAUGCUUGUGAGGAUGCCAACAACGUUUAUGUAAUAAUGGAGUUGUGUGAUGGCGGAGAGCUACUGGACAGAAUAUUGUCGAAAGGUGGCCGAUAUACAGAACAGGAAGCAAAACUUAUCAUUGUUCAAAUUCUAAGUGUCGUUUCAUUUUGUCACCUCCAAGGUGUUGUCCACCGUGACUUAAAACCUGAGAAUUUUCUUUUUACCUCUAGAAGUGAAAACGCUGAUAUGAAGCUUAUUGAUUUUGGUCUUUCUGACUUUAUCAGGCCGGAUGAAAGACUGAAUGAUAUUGUUGGAAGUGCUUAUUAUGUGGCUCCAGAAGUUCUCCAUAGAUCCUAUAGUUUGGAGGCUGAUAUUUGGAGCAUUGGCGUAAUCUGCUAUAUUUUGCUAUGUGGAAGCAGACCUUUCUGGGCAAGGACAGAAUCUGGAAUAUUUCGUUCUGUAUUAAGAGCUGACCCUAACUUUGAGGAUAUGCCUUGGACUUCCGUCUCACCACAAGCCAAGGACUUCGUAAAAAGGCUUUUAAAUAAGGAUUACAGAAAAAGAAUGACCGCUGCACAAGCUUUGACGCAUCCAUGGUUGCGAAGUGAGAACUAUCCCAUUCCUUUAGAUAUUUUAGUCUACAAGUUGGUUAAGUCAUAUCUACACGCUACACCUUUCAAACGUGCUGCGCUGAAGGCUCUUUCAAAAGCUUUGACUGAGGAUGAAUUUGUUUAUCUUAAAGCUCAAUUCAUGCUUCUGGAGCCCAAGGAUGGGCUGGUCUCUCUUGACAACUUCAAAAUGACUCUUGCCCAAAAUGCCACUGAGGCUAUGAAGGUGUCUAGGGUCCCUGAUAUUCUACAUGCGAUGGCACCGUUGUCUUAUAGGAAGAUGGACUUUGAAGAGUUCUGUGCAGCUGCAACCAGCACAUAUCAAUUGGAGGCCCUUGACAAAUGGGAGCAAAUUGCAUCAACGGCAUUUGAGCAUUUUGAACAAGAGGGUAACCGAGUAAUAUCAGUAGAAGAAUUGGCUCGGGAAUUAAACGUGGGCCCAACUGCUCGUUCUGUGCUCAAAGAUUGGAUAAGGAGUGACAGAAAACUCAGUUUACUUGGAUAUACAAAAUUUUUGCACGGUUUGACACUUCGUAGCUCAAAUACGAGACAUCAAUAGGUUUUACUUUCUCAUUCUUCUUCUUCUUCUUCUUCUUCGUCGUCCUCGUCUUUGCUUCAAAUUAUCAUUCGAUCAACAAUGGCAUUCGCGCAUUGAAAAGAUCGUGGGAAGUUUUCUCAUUUAGGAGGUAACUAGAAUGAUGUUUAUGCUGUUUGAAGUCGAGAAAUUUCUUCAUGCUCAUACCAUUUUUAAGUGCAGUCACUGGAAGAACUGUACGGGUAUUUAUCCAUAAAAAGAAGUAUUAUCAAGUUUUCAAUAUGAAAAAAUCGAGGCUGUAUGUCAAUAGUUCACACCGUAGAGUUUUUGUCUAUUAAUAUUAUACUAGGAUUUCAGUACUUUUAAAGUUGUCAUGAUUGUGUAUAUGUUACAAAGAUCAGCAAUUCUGCUGGUAAAAUUGCAUUAUUUUUUAAUCUUCAGGCUUGGUUUUAUCUUUUA